AUGAAUAUAUUCUUAGCUGCCAGUAACUUGCGUCACUCAGUCAUGAUAGCUUGUGGUUUAUAUUAAUAGUGAACAAUCCAAGAUCCUUGUCCCUAAUUCCAAGAAGCUCACAGGCUAAUGACUAAUUAAAUGACACAGCUCUGACAGAAACAUGAACCGUGAGCCACCUGGGGAGAUGCCGGGAAGGGAGAGAAAGGCUUCAGGAAAAGCAGGGAUCGCAGGGUGAGAAGCACAGGUGUAGACGCUUGCAGAUGGGUACGUGGGCACCAGGUGCACGAGCUCUUCAGGAAACCAGGUUAUGGGGCAGCCUGGUUAACCGUUAACCCGGCCUGGUUUGGCUCCUGAAGGGCCGGUUAGGGUGACCUCACUGAUGAUCAGGUUACCUGGGCGGUGUUCAUUCGCCGCUGUGUAAUGAGGAAAAGGAAGGCUCUGGAAACAGCCGGGUUGCCGUGGGGGAAGCCAUGCAGCUCACAGAGGCCGGAAAGCCUUUGAUCAAGUUCAGCCACUGUAAGAAAUCCAUCUACUGCUUCAGCAUGCCCAGCCGCUGCCCCCUCUGCCACCAGGACCUGGGCUCGUGGAGGCUGGCAGAGGCACCUGUCAGCAUCUCCAGCCCGUUCACCAACGGACACCAAGAAAAAUGUUCCUUUCUUCUCAGACCCACGCACGGGACGUUUCUUAGGGAGUAUGACGGCAGGGCGGACCUCCACGUGGGGAUAGCCAGCACAGCGGGAGUUGUGUACAGUUACACGGCGCUCGGCGUGCAGCGGGACGAGGCAGGCUGGGAGCAGAGCGUCAGUGUCCCGCUGCUGCCGCCCGGCAUGUUCGGGCUGAUGGACCAGUGGGACAAGUACCUGGAAGACUUCUCGGGCACCGGGGCCUGGCUGCCGCACAGGUAUGAAGAAGACCAGCACAACUGCUACAGUUACACCCUCACCUUCAUGAACUGCAUCCUCGCCAUGGAGGGCUGGGGGCAGCUGGACAAGAGCGAGUUCACGGAGAAAUAUGUGGUCCCCAGGACGAGGCAGGCGUCGAGGUACAUCACGCUGUACCGGGCGGUGGAGGAGCGGGGCUUCUGUGUGACCCCCGGCCCGGACCCAGAGGCAGCCGGCCCUGAAGGCAGCGCUCCGUGCUGAGGGUGGUGACGGCGGCAGGGCUGGGGGCACCGUCCCCUUCCCCUGAGUGCUUGCUUAGUGUAAGAAUUCAUGAAGUCAGUAAAAGUUGCCGAGUCUUCAAAAUUGCCUGUGCUCCAACUCAGUUCUUUCACGUGGUUCAGCUUUUAAACUGGGACACACUGGGCAUCUCCUGGGUGGCACAACGGGUUAAAGAGCAGCACUACGG